GGGAUAUGAUGCAAAGAUGUGAGAAGUUUAAGAAAAGAAGAAUCCAAACACUGGCAAUUCGAACAUGGAUCCACUUGACAAAGCAAAGAAUGGUCAUCGCAGAUAAGAACCACUGUAGAAUGCAUCGAUUGAUGGUUCUGGUGAUUGGAAGCUGGCACCAGUGGGCAGACGCAAACCAUCAACAGAAAAUAGCUGCAACCCAUUUAAAGAAGAGCCAUAACUAUUUGCUGCAAAGAGAAGUUUUUACUGCCAUAAAAGAAGAGUUCCAAAAAAGUAAAAAGGCAUCUCAUUGUUAUCAGUGCCAUCUUCUGAAAAAAGCCACAAAAUGUUGGCACAGACAGAGCAGCAGGCAAGUGGAUCUGAAGAACAGAGCAUGUCAACUCAUCUCUCAUCACAAAAUCUAUACAACGUCCAGAAUAUUCUUUGUGUGGAAGCAGAGAUUUGUAAAGAGAUGUGAAGACCGGAAUAAUUACAUGGAACUGGUUGAAAGGAAGGUGGUGGUGAUUGUGAGAUAUUGGCGGCGAAAAGCUCAAAGAACACGUGGCGAGAUGUUGAAGUCUGUCUUACUGAAAAGGAAGGUCAGAAGCUGUUUUGCUCAGUGGAAGAAGCAUUUUGCAGCAUUGGAAGAACUCCAGCAGCAGCUGUGGAUUUUUACAUCGUGGAAGAAUCGGAGAAUACAGUUUACCAUUCUGAAUCAGUGGAAGACUGCUCUUCUAAACAACACAGCCGACAGAACCUAUCAGAACAACUGGACUGCCAAAAUAUUUAAUGCCUGGAAAAAAUGGAGUAAAGAUUCACUGCUACGAAGAAAAAAUUUCAAUAAUUUUGAAGCUGUACGACAAAAAAGACAGAUGAAAGCGUCAUUCAAUUAUUGGAGGACAUCUUGGAGAAAUUCUCAGAUAAGUAGAAAAUGGUUCUGCCAACAUUUGAAAUUAAGGUCAUUUGAAGUUUGGUGGUGCUACGUCAGCCGGGAAAACCAACUCAGAGUCCAACUAAACAAACUUACAUGUUCAGUGAAAAGAAGAUGCUUGUAUACCAGUUAUAUAAGGUGGAAAGACAAGACUGUAAGUCGUACGGCUGAACGGACCCGAAUACAACACCAUGCCGACAUGGCCAAAUUUCACUUUACACGACGACUUUGUCUUCAAGUAUUCCACGUCUGGCACAAUGAAAUCCUUGUGUCGCAGAAUAUAGCCAGACGCCAGUUCAGGCUCAGUUACAAAUAUUGCCAACGAUGGAAAUACCGAGUGGAUUUGAUUUCUACAGCAAUAUUCUGGAAUGAAAAGCAAAUUUAUAAAAGAAUAUGGGUUAAUUGGCGCCAUACUUACCUCAGAGAGAUAUGCUCAAUGAAAAUUGUUAAAGAAUUUACAAAACAGCGUCAAAUUCAAAUCUUCCAUGCAUGGCAUCAACUCUGUGUUUGCAAGAACAGACGCUACGAUUGUUUCCCUUCCAGCAUCCUGCAACAGUUGAAUCAUUAAUUCUUUGCCGAGACUGCCAACACACCGAAAUACUUCGGCUGCUGCCGGAUGCCAUUCUUGGAAUAUGGCUCUUUUGCUUCUUUCAUGGCUGUGAAUUUCAGAUUGUUACACAGUUUUUGAGGAAUAUUUGUCACUUCUUUUUUUGUUAAUAAAAUAUCUAUCCCACAA